AAAAAAAAAGAAGAAAAAAAAAAGUGAAGUUUCAUUAUGCAACGGUAAAGCAAUGUGGGAAUGGGGAAAUGGAAUGCAAACGUCACCACUCACCUCACGGGCCGGCGGUCAGUCAGUCGAUGUCGUAUGUUGGACCCCGCCCGUACCAUCACUAGAGUAGUUGGCAGUAGUUGCUUCGGAAAAAUACCAAUACUGCGCUCCGGGUCCGUGGGUGCAAGCAAACAAAUGCGACAAACAGAUGCCGCGCCUCGCCGCGCCGGAGGUGGUGGUGGUGGUGGUAGUGUGUCAACUGACGAGCGAACGACACCUGGGUAUCCACUCCGCAUGGCGCAAGCCCAUCGAGCCACCACGACUUUUUGCCUUCUGCCUUUUGCCUUUUUUCCCUUUGCCAGGCUCCAGCGAAUUGCCGAUGUACCUAUCAAGGUAUGUAUCGGUGGAAUGCGAAGCUUUUCCAUUCCAUUGACUGCUUACGUACGGUACAUAUGGUACCUGGCUGCGGUAGUUAGUUGUCUUAGGUGUACGAAAAUAUGCCCUUUUGCGAACGUUUCGCACGUUUCGAAAAGCACGAGUGAUGUUAUGUGUGAGUGUCGCAAUCCGAUCUGGUAUUCCGAGCGGAUCUGGGGAACAUGUCAAUUCAACAGAUUUUCACUCAAUGCCGCCCCCGACAUCUCCACCGCCUCAGCAGCCUCCGCCGCCGCCGCCGCCGUCACCGCGGGAAGCGCCAUCUUUUGCACCUUCACCCCUCACUCUCCACAGGGCGUUCGUGUUGAGAACGCAGAUGCCGCAUCUCGGGAGUUGCAUUUGCUGUGGCGCCUCAUCCGCACCGCAAGCCAUCCUCCUACACACGUACGUACGUCGUACUAAUGCGGCUGCCGCUGCUGCCCGUGUUCGAGUUCGAGUUCGAGCUCGAGCUCGACCUCGAGUUGGAGCUCGGGCCUGCGACUACCACUGCGGUCUCCAAGCUAUGUACACAUAGAGUAUAUACAGGUCCAGCAUAGGAGUAGGAGUUUGUAGGUACCAGCCAAGUACCUACUAUACCUACAAAGUAUAGUACAUGGCACGAUGAAUCGACGCGACAGCACGGCAGCUGUCUGUCCGGCGGCGGCGGGCGGGACGGACGGGCGGGUGGACAGGCGGGCAGACGGGGGGCCCAUGGCACUGGCACUGGCACCGGCACGCCUCCCAUGGAAGAGGUUAAGGUCCGCACCACGGCGGCCGUACGCUGCACGGGCACGGUCCCCGCCGGUC